UGGCGGCCCAUCUCGUCCUUCUACUUCACGCUCACGCUCUUCACUACUGUUGGCUACGGCAACUUCGCGCCGCGGACGGACCUGGGCAAGGUCUUCGUGUGCUGCUUCACGCUCAUCGGCAUGAUUUAUGCUUUCGCGACCUUCAACAUGUUCGGCGAGCGCGUCGCCUACUCGCUGCGCAAGCUCGGCCGGCGCAUCGACGAGAUGGUCCACGCGCGGCGCCACGGGCUGUCGGACCGCGGCUUCGCGCUGGCCGUGAGCCUGUGCUGCGCGGCCUACCUCGUCUUCGGCGCGUGGCUCGCGAUGGCCGUCGAGGACUUCUCCUUCGGCAACGGCCUGUACUACGCGAUCUGCACGCUGUCGACGCUCGGGCUCGGCGACUACACGCCGGGCAUCGAGACGCGGUCCCUCGUCGUGGCCUGGAUCUACAUCACCGUGGGCCUGGGGUUGUUGGGAUGCACGGUGCGCAUCAUC